CAAGCUGCCGCCGUCCCGCCCUCCUUCGCCGCCUCCUGCUGGCACGACGGCCUCCGCUGCCGCGGAUGCCCGAGUCUUGGUGGAGCUAUUCAAGCUUCUUCCGCGACCCACGGAGAAAAUGGCAGCUGAUGCCGUAGACGAGGCGUUGAAGGGCUUGACCUCACUUGUACCUCUCCUCGAGACAGUGCAGGCCACUCCCCGCGCGAAGCUCGGCGUUCACGAGGCAGUUGACGACGAAUUCGAGCAGCAACUGGAGGACCAAACACAGGAGCUGCCAACGCUCCUUUGCCUGCCUAUUCUUCUGCACGCGUACGGAGGCAGCAGUGGGCCAUCGGUAGCUGAUAUCCUUGAGAUAUCCGAGGGCGAGUACCGGCGGGGUUGCCUCUCAGGCUUCGCUCGUGCGGAGGAGUGCGCGGACGCGGUGGGCGCGCGCGUGCUUGAAGUCAUCCGACGGGAUGCAGGCGUGCCGCGCGUCGUCGUCCAGUGGCUGGAAAGGGAGCUCAUGGAUUGAGCUUUCAGGAAAGAGGGCCGGACUGUGAGUCCUUCAAGUGCUAUUAUACUACGCUGGGUACAGCUUCACGACUAUUUAACCUCUGCGCACUUAUCCUUAUUCGUUCGUCGUGUCUUCACGCAGCACAGUCGCAUAUUGCACAUAUUCUCGAGUACGCUUGACUCAUGUAUGUAGGCGGGUAACACAAUAACAGCUUAGAGAGCACAUUCACUUCA